ACAGACAUGCCCCCUCCCCCACCCCCCAUUUGCCUUGCACCCCUCACGACACGCCCCUUUUACCCUAUUCACGCAGAAACACCUCAGGAGAUCCCACUCGAGCUCCUCUGCGAGAACAUGGCAGAUCCACGCAGGCGAGAGCGCUCGGCGUUAUUUACGUCCGGCGGCUAUUACGGGACCGUUAAACGGAGGCGAGCAGGCGGGCCGAGACCCGGCAGACAUUAAUAUUGUCCCGAGAGAAAAAAAAAAGAAAAAAAGAACCGGCGAGAAGACGCCGUGGACGCCACCUUUCUACCCCGCCAGGCUGCGGCCUAAAACGGAGCGAUGUCAGCAAGCUCGGCAAGAGUCCGUCCAGGAAGUUCAUGCUGAUUGGUGGCAGACGAGCGCUGAAGCCUGGAGGACUAAACCGAGCUGCUUUGUGUGCUCUUUAGCAACACAAGCAGAUGCUAAAGGCUAAGUGAGUUGGGCGUGUCCCUCUGUCCUUCAUGGGCCCGUUCUCCCGGUCCACGUGAUCCGGGCCCCGAGACUCCAAAAGCCAGCAAAGCCUCUUUGCUCAACUUCCCGAGAACGGGGCGGCGAGGGCUGCGCUGCGAUUGGCCGAGUGCGGGCGAGAGUGCCAUGCGGAUUGGAGGAUGUCGGGCGACUGGGAUGAAGACCUGUGCAAGAAGGCGCUGAUGUUGGUGGAGGAGCUCUGCCUCAACUCUCCGCGCGGGUACAGCCAGAGCGAACUGUGCCAGGAGUUCAACGACCUGCUGAGAGGACGCAACCGACAGCUGGACGCAGAGAUCUCCGUCAGUCUGCUGUCCGUCAUCGUCACCUUCUGCGGCAUCGUCCUUCUCUCUGUGUCCCUCUUCGUCUCCUGGAAGCUCUGCUGGUUGCCAUGGCGAGACAAGGAGGGCGGCGGCCUGAGCCUGACCUCGGGCUUGCUCCCCGGGAGCGCCGGCGUGGGGGGUCUGGGCGGCACCGGAGGCUCGUCCUUCUUGCCCCCGCUGCUGCAGAGGAAGGAGGGCCAAUCGUCCUCCUCGCUCUACCCGUCCCUCGGCCAGCAGGGGCAGCAUCACCCCCACUUCUCUGACCUGGUGGGGCUGGAGAGGGGCGAGGUUGGGGGCGUGGUGGGGGGCCCGAAUGAGACGCAGGAGCACUCGUACCUGGACAUGGACUCGUACCCCAACAAUGCUGGAACCCUGAAGCUGAGCCAAACGUCUCCAGACGUCCCCAACUCUGAAGGGGGCGCGCACCCCCAUAAAGACCUGCCCAACGCCGUCUCUCAGCAGCAGGUCACCUCCAGGCCCAAGCCCAUGACUCAUCAGCUCUCCAGCCCCGACUUCCACGGCGAGGAGAAGGAGCAGGUGACCAGCAUCGGGCAGAUCAAACCGGAGCUGUACCGGCCCAAAGGCGACCAGGGCGACGGCAAGCAGGGCGACAACUGCGGCAAGAUCAGCUUCCUGCUGCGCUACGCAUUCAACACGGAGCAGCUGGUGGUAAAGAUUCUCAAAGCGUUGGAUCUUCCUGCCAAGGACGCCAACGGCUUCUCCGACCCUUACGUGAAGAUCUACCUGCUGCCCGACAGGAAGAAGAAAUUCCAGACCAAGGUCCACAGAAAGACCCUAAACCCGGUUUUCAACGAGACCUUCCAGUUCGGCGUACCGCUGAACGAGCUACAUUCCAGGAAGCUGCACUUCUCCGUGUACGACUUCGACCGCUUCUCCAGACACGACCUGAUCGGUCAGGUGGUCGUGGACAACCUGCUGGACUUUAGCGAGGGCAGCGGGGACAAGCCGGUCUGGAGGGACAUCGUGGAGGGCACGGUGGAGAAAGCAGACCUCGGGGAGCUCAACUUCUCUCUCUGCUACCUGCCAACCGCCGGAAGACUCACAGCCACCGUCAUCAAGGCCACCAACCUGAAAGCCAUGGACCUAACUGGGUUCUCAGACCCCUACGUGAAGGCCUCCCUGAUCUGCGACGGGCGCCGGCUGAAGAAGAGGAAGACGUCCAUCAAGAAGAACACGCUGAAUCCCACCUACAACGAGGCGCUGGUCUUUGACAUUCCCAACGAGAACAUAGAGAGCGUGUCCAUCAUCAUCGCCGUCAUGGACUACGACUGCAUCGGUCAUAACGAGGUGAUAGGCAUGUGCCGCGUGGGCAGCGAUGCUGACGGUCCAGGGAGGGAGCACUGGACCGCUAUGUUGGCCAAUCCACGCAAGCCAAUAGAGCACUGGCAUCAGCUGGUCGAGGAAAAAGCAAUCGGUACGUUUGUGUCAAAGAGCGAAGCGUCCCCUUCCGCCAAGCCGCACAUCGUGGUGGACAGUCCUCACUCCGAUUAAAGCUGUCGCGUCUCCGCCCGCGGACUUUUCCUUUUUCUCCUCUCAUCUGUGAAUAAAUCUUUCCAUCAAAGAGAGACUCGCAGACAAAACAACACCCUCGUCACGUCACAUUUCAAGCCGUAGCUGCUACAAACACACACUCACUUUGCUGUACGUGCGUAGUUGACGUGUAGUAUUUGGUAGGAGGAGUGUGAUGUGAGACUCUGUCCAACCGUGAGGACGGAACAAAAGAAAGCCAUCGUCCAAGUGGGGACCGACGCUUCACGCUCUCGUCAGAGAAGAAGAUGUGCAUAUUUUUCUUUGGUGUACAGCCGGAACCGUGCUGUAUCACGCGCGUAGUACUUAGCGGGACCACUUGUCCAGGUGGACUGUGGACGUCGUCCCCCCCAGGCUUAUUAAUCCGCCGAACUGAAGGACGCGUGCGGCUGUCUUUAUUGAUGUCAAGUGCGGACAGACUGACUUUGGCCCGAGCAUGUUACUUUGAAACGUGUCCGUCUUCCUCACGCUUCCUGUGCCCGUCCCUACGUUUGUGCCAUUUUGUAUCAUCCGGGAUGAGAGACUCUUCCGAGGAUCCCCAAAGAACAUGUUUGGUUUCCCCCAUCAUGCUUUAGGACAAUGUCCCCACAACGCCACUGAAGCAGGACGCACACGUCUGUGUUGCUUUGAUCAGUGUGUUGUGUGUUUUUGUAUUUGUGUGUGUGUGUGUGUGCGCGUGUGUGGGUGUGUGUGUCUUGGUGACUUUGUGUGUUUCUGUGCUCAUCACUCCCCCUGCCCCUUUUCUCGCCCGAACCUUCCGCACGUCUCCGAGUACUGAUGUGCAUUACCAUUGAUAUCGGCGAUAUCGAUCCGAUACCGUUACUUUGUGCAAAUACCGUAUUUUUCAGACUAUAGAGCGCACCCACUCCAAUACAAUCCACUUUAUUUAUAUAGCACAUUUCAAAAAACUAAAGUUUCACCAAGUGCUGCACAGGAGUUGAGACAUACAGUACAGGCCAAAAGUUUGGACACACCUUCUCAUUUCAAUGUGUUUUCUUUAUUUUCAUGACUAUUUACAUCAGGGGUCCCCAAACUUUUUGACUCCGGGGCCACAUUGGGGUUAAA